GAAGCAAAAUGUUAUAAGCUGUUCAAAAUAAUUGUAUUUAAGUGCAUAAAUAUUGAGUGAAAAGUGUUGUAAAUACAGCAGAAAUGUUGCGGUGGUAUUUGCUGUGUUUUUUCAUACUGCUACCACUGGCAAAUAGCACACCUCCAAUAAGUUUUGAGGCAAAUCCGGACACCAAACGUCUCUAUGAUGAUUUGUUGAGCAACUACAACCGUCUAAUACGACCCGUUGUCAACAAUACGGAGACACUUACGGUUUGGUUAGGUCUGAAAUUGUCUCAGCUGAUUGAGGUCAAUCUAAAAAAUCAAGUGAUGACCACAAAUCUGUGGGUCAAGCAGCGCUGGUUUGACUACAAAUUGCGCUGGGAUCCCGAGGAGUAUGGCGGCGUGGAGCAAUUGUAUGUGCCCUCCGAGCAUAUUUGGGUGCCUGACAUUGUACUCUACAACAAUUGGGAUGGCAACUAUGAGGUCACGCUCAUGACUAAAGCAACACUCAAGUACACAGGUGAGGUGUUUUGGGAGCCACCAGCAAUUUACAAGUCAUCCUGUGAAAUGAAUGUCGAAUAUUUUCCAUACGAUGAGCAAAUUUGUUUUAUGAAAUUCGGUUCAUGGACCUACAAUGGCGCCCAAGUGGACUUGAAGCAUUUGGAUCAGGUACCUGGCAGCAAUCUCGUCCAGGUUGGCAUCGAUUUAACUGAAUUCUACUUGUCCGUCGAGUGGGAUAUACUUGAAGUGCCCGCCACCAAGAAUGAGGAGUAUUAUCCGGACACAUUGGAGCCGUUCUCAGACAUCACCUUCAAGCUGACCAUGCGACGGAAGACUUUGUUCUACACUGUGAAUUUGAUUGUUCCUUGUGUGGCAUUGACUUUCCUCACGGUGUUGGUAUUUUAUUUGCCCAGCGAUUCCGGCGAAAAGGUUACGUUAUGUAUUUCAAUACUCGUGUCCUUGACUGUGUUCUUCUUGCUCUUGGCCGAAAUUAUACCGCCCACAUCAUUGGCAGUUCCGCUGCUGGGCAAAUAUCUGCUUUUUACCAUGAUACUCGUUUCGCUGUCCGUAUGGACAACGGUCUGUGUGCUCAACAUACAUUUCAGAUCUCCAUCAACGCACAACAUGUCACCGAUGGUGCGUAAAUUGUUCUUGCAUUUCAUGCCCAAACUCAUGAUGAUGCGGCGCACGCAAUACACUCUGCCCGACUACGAUGACUCGACUCCCAGCAACGGCUACACGAAUGAGAUUGACGUGCGCGACAGCAUCAGCGAUUUUCCGAGCGAGUUCAAAGACAGCCAGGAUGGCGCUUACGAUAAUGGCAUGCAGCAUUCUGUGGAUUCCGACAAUGUGAUACCGCGCAACUUAACACCCGAAGUGCUGCAGGCAUUGCGUGCGGUCAGAUUUAUUGCACAGCAUAUCAAGGAUGCCGACAAGGAUAACGAGAUUGUCGAGGACUGGAAGUUUGUGUCAAUGGUGUUGGAUCGCUUCUUCUUGUGGCUCUUCACGUUGUCCUGCGUUUUUGGCACUUGCGCCAUUAUAUGCCAGUCGCCAUCGCUUUACGACACUCGCGCUCCCAUCGAUAGACAGCUGAGUGAGAUUCCAUUGCGCAAAAACAAUUUCAUGCUGCCGCCGGACAUUGUCAGGCAGAUAGUUAAUUAAAUGAGGCCUGAGAAAUAUGCUGUGGUGGAGUCAGGCGAUUUGAUUGUUUUGAAAGAGCAGCCAACGAGACGAAAGAAUGGAAAAGAAAAUUAAAUGAAAGGCAAGGCCAAAAAAUUACAUUAAAAGUGACAUUCAAUAUUGAUGCCGAAGACUAUGUCAAAUGCUAGCGGACAUAUGCGACUUACUUGUAAACAAUUGUAAGACACAACUUUAAAGCUAGAGUAUUUCAUAAAUAUUGCAACGAUAUUAAGGCAUAUUCCAUUAAACUACAUGUCGUUUGAGCAUAUUAUUGUAUUUUCUAAUUAAUUGUCAACAUUAGAGUCACUGAUUAUAUAAUAAUUAAAUCAAGAAAAUAAAUCGAUAAAUAUAUAAAAUAUAAA